AUGGCCUUGACAACCUCCACCGUUUUCGCUAUCUUCGGUGUCAUUCUCCUUGUCCUGAAGGUACUGACCAUAGGUCGCCGUCCUCGGGACUAUCCUCCCGGUCCACCCACGUUACCCGUUAUCGGGAAUAUUCAUCAGAUGCCCAAGAGAGAUGCACAUCUCCAAUUUCAAAAGUGGGCUGACGAAUAUGGUCCCAUUUAUAGCUUGAUGCUCGGCUCCAGGGUCCUCGUAGUCCUAUCCAGCGACCAAGCAGUGAAAGAUCUCCUUGAUAAACGCAGCGCCAUUUACUCUGCUCGUCUGGACAUGUAUAUAGGACAGGAACUCUGCAGUGGAGGUCUGCGUUUUCUGAUGAUGACGUACGUCCCCUACCAGCUUCUCGAGAACAAACAAAUGCUUCACGAAAUGCUCGUAUCCCCAGAUCGUUGCCUGCAGAAUAUUCGUCGCUAUGCCAAUGCUCUGACAACAACCAUGGUUUUUGGCUGGCGGACCCAUACAUAUGAGGACGAAAAGAUGAAGCAACUGUUCGAAGGCUUCUCCGAAUUCGUACAGAUCAAUCAAACUGGAACUGCAGCACUACUCGACUCGUUCCCUCUCCUACGAAAGCUUCCUGACUGGGUAUUUCCCUUGCAGGCAAGGGCCAAGCAGUCGUUCAAGAAUGAACGGGAGUUGUACGUCGGUCAUUGGCUUACUGCCAAGAAGGCGGUGAAAACCAGUACGAUCCGGCCUUGUUUCUGUGUCGAAAUGGCACAAGCCCAGCAAGAAGAGGGCUUCUCGGACGAACAGGCUGCCUACAUAUCGGGAACGUUGCUCGAGGCCGGCAGUGAUACAACUUCAAACACUCUUUAUGCUUUUGUGCAAGCCAUGCUACUCUUUCCCGAGGUCCAGAAGAAGGCACAGGAAGAGAUUGAUUGUGUUGCCGGCAAAGAUCGUCUGCCCACUAUGGAAGACGAGCCAAACAUGCAGUACAUCCGAGGCUGCGUGAAAGAGAGUCUUCGAUGGAUGCCGACAACGAUUCUCGGUUCGGUACCCCAUGCUGUCACCAGAGACGAUGUCUACAUGGGCUACAAGAUCCCGAAAGGUGCAGGUGUGAUGAACAAUGUAUGGGCCAUCCAUAUGGAUCCCAACCGUUCACCUGAACCGCGACGCUUUGACCCAGAGAGAUUCAAGGACGACUUUUUGAAUUGUGCGGAUUCGGCAACUCAGCCGGAUGCUUCAAAGAGAGACGCGUUCACCUUCGGGGCGGGCAGGAGAAUCUGCCAAGGCAUGCAUGUGGCGGAGCGUAGUCUCUUCCUCGGAAUGUCUAGGAUGCUAUGGGCGUUUGACAUCAAGCCUGUUGUGGAUCCUGCGACGGGAAAGGCGAUCUUACCUGAUCCUGACAGAUUGACUCAAGGAAUUAUGGCAAUGCCUGAAGAGUUCGAAGUCAGCAUUACCCCGAGAGACAAGAGCAGAGCAGACCUGAUUGAGAAAGAAUGGCAAGAAGCAGAAGAGUUGCUAGAUCCUAUCACCAAGCAGUGGAAGCGGACGCCAGAAGGUAUGGUGCUACCGAGUCUGUAG